AUUUCAUGCAAAUAUAUUCUAAAUAUUAUUAAUUUCACCAUCUCAACAAUACCAGUGACAUUCACACAACAUCAUGAUCAUAAAUUUAUUCUCUUUGGUUAUUUUAUUGCUCAUUCUUUGUUCCUCUUCCUUCCUCGUAUCAGCUUCUGAUUCUGGUGGUGGAAACGAAUACAACUACAAAAAAGGAGAUAGUAAAGGACCAGAGAACUGGGGGAAUCUGAAACCAGAAUGGAAACUUUGUGGGAAUGGAAAAUUACAAUCUCCAAUUGAUAUCCUAAACAAAAGGGUGCAAGAACUUCCUCAACUUGGUAAACUUGAAAAAGAUUACAAACUAGGUCCUGCUUUCCUAAAGAAUAGGUUUAAUGAUGUCAUGCUCCAAUGGAAAGGUUAUGCAGGUAAGCUUAAUCUAAAUGGAACUUACUACAAACUAAUACAAUGUCAUUGGCAUACACCUUCAGAGCACACAUUGAAUGGAUCAAAGUUUGAUAUGGAACAACAUUGUGUCCAUCAAAAUUCUAAAGACGAGAUAGCUGUGAUUGGAAUUUGGUAUAAAAUUGGUCGUCCAGAUCCCUUACUUUCAAAGUUGCUUAACCACAUAAAGUCUAUCCGUGACAAGGAAAUAGAUGUAGGAAUAAUUAAUCCAGCAGAUAUAUUCAAGUUCGGAGGCACAAAAUAUUACAGAUAUAUUGGUUCUCUUACAAGUCCACCAUGUACUGAAGAUGUUAUUUGGACAGUUUUGAAGAAGGUGAAGACAGUCUCAGUAGAACAAUUGAAGGCUUUGAAAGCUGUUAAUCAUGGAUUUGAGGAAAAUGCAAGGCCAACACAAGAUCUUGAUGGAAGAAAAGUUUGGUUUUACAAUCCUAGAAAGGAAAAAAAGAGUACUUAAAUGUGUGUAAGAUGUGAAUGAAAUUUAAAUGCUUUAUUUAUUCAGCUGGAAAUAAAGUCGAGAAGAAAAAUGCCAACUGAAUAAAUAAUACAUGCAGAGGUGGAAAUGACGAUUGAAUAAAUACAUGUAGAGGUGGAAAUUUGAUUCAUCAAUAUUCAUCUAUUGAUUAAUCCAUCCAAUUCGUCCAUCAAACAAAAACUUGUUAAUGAAUUGGCUUUGGAUCCAUCAAUUUAAAACUA